AUGGCGACUCAAACGACUACAAUACCCGAUCAGCAGAUCGAAGAUCGAGUGCGAGUCUUCAGUGACUUCCUUGAUCCCCCCGCUAGCGUCCCUAAUGCCGAUAGACGUUACACGCAGGCCGUUCGUGAGAUGCUGAAUAAAGGGCAACGAAGGUUGAUUAUAUCACUCGACGAUAUUCGAAAUCACAAUGCCAAGCUUGCGAAGGGAAUUCUAGAAGCACCGUUCAGCCAUAUCGAACCGUUGACCAGGGCUGUUAGUGAAGUCUCGCUAUCCCUAGCUGAAGCUGGGAAACAUAAUGUCGACAAGGAUACCGAUUUUCAUGUUGGACUGAACGGUAACUUUGGCGACCAUGCUGUCAGUCCGCGUACCCUGGGUUCUGCCCACCUCAAUCGGAUGAUAUGUCUCGAGGGUAUCGUCACCAAAUGCUCGCUAGUGCGACCUAAGGUUAAAAAAUCCGUCCACUACAAUGAAAGGAAGGAACUUUUCCACGCAAGGGAAUACCGCGAUCAAACGAUGACAACCCAUGCGCCAACCGCCUCAAACGUCUACCCCACCGAAGAUGAAGAAGGAAACCCCCUCGUCACCGAAUAUGGCUACUGUGUUUAUCAAGAUCACCAAACGAUCUCGAUACAGGAAAUGCCAGAACGUGCUCCUGCUGGCCAACUUCCUCGUAGCGUCGAUGUGAUCAUGGACGACGACCUCGUCGAUCGUGUCAAACCUGGUGACCGUAUACAACUUGUUGGAGUAUAUAGAUCGCUCGGAAAUCGUAACCAGGGCUCUGGUAGCUCUACGUUUCGUACCUUGAUCAUCGCCAACAAUAUUGUUCUACUUUCUUCGAAAGCUGGUGGCGGGAUUGCACAGGCAACUAUUACGAUGGCGGAUAUCAGGAACUUUAAUGCUUUAGCGAGGAAGAAGAACGUCUUUGAGGUAUUAAGUCAGAGUCUUGCUCCUAGUAUCUACGGCCACGAUUACAUCAAAAAGGCUGUGCUAUUGAUGUUACUCGGUGGUAUGGAAAAAAACUUGGAGAACGGAACACAUUUGAGAGGUGAUAUUAACAUCCUGAUGGUCGGUGAUCCAUCUACUGCAAAGUCGCAAAUUCUUCGAUUUGUCUUGAAUACUGCGCCACUAGCCAUUGCUACUACAGGAAGAGGAUCUUCAGGUGUCGGUUUAACAGCUGCAGUUACUUCAGACAAAGAAACCGGCGAAAGAAGACUUGAAGCCGGUGCCAUGGUUCUCGCCGACCGUGGUGUCGUAUGUAUCGACGAAUUCGACAAGAUGAGUGAUAUCGAUCGAGUCGCUAUUCACGAAGUUAUGGAACAGCAAACUGUUACCAUCGCGAAAGCUGGAAUUCAUACCAGUUUGAACGCAAGAUGUAGUGUUGUUGCAGCUGCUAAUCCUAUAUACGGACAAUACGAUCCGCAUAAAGAUCCACACCGAAAUAUCGCGCUACCAGAUUCGUUGCUUUCACGUUUUGAUCUGCUGUUCGUGGUAACGGACGAUAUUGAAGACCAAAGAGACGUGUUCAUAUCCGAACACGUGCUCCGCAUGCAUCGAUAUCGAAAACCGGGAACAGAAGAAGGUGCACCGGUGAGGGAAGGCCAAACACAGCAUUUGGGUGUCGGAACGGAGGAAACUCAGGAAGAUGGACCGACGCCAAUGUACGAAAAAUUCAACGUGAUGCUUCACGGUGGUGCGAAAGUUACGACCAAACGAGGGAAAUCGAGGGAUACACAGAUUCUAACGAUUCCCUUCGUUAAGAAAUUUAUCCAAUACGCCAAGAGCCGUAUUCAACCUGUACUGACGGUUGGUGCAUCGAAUUACAUUACCAUGACCUACUCGGCUUUGAGAAAUGAUGAAGUGGAGAGUAAUCAGCGAAAGACGUCGCCUAUGACCGCCCGUACGCUCGAGACGUUGAUUCGUUUGUCUACUGCUCAUGCGAAAGCUAGGCUUUCGAAGAGGGUCGAGGAGCAGGAUGCGAGAGCUGCUGAGGAGAUUUUGAGGUACGCAUUGUUCAAGGAAAUUGUACAAAAUGAGAGGAAGAAUAAGAGACGGAAGACGGAUAAUGAUGGGGAAGAGGAUUCGGAUGACGAUUCGGAUGAUGAUGGGGAGAUCGAUGCUGCUGCGCCACCGGGGCCUAGGAGACGGACGACGAAGACUAGUCAGAGGACCGAGUUGAUAGAAGACGAUGAGGACGAAGAGAUGGGAGAUGACGACGAUGAUGAUGACACGCAGCCGACUGUUACAACAACCUCUACGAAGAAAGGAAGAGGUAGACCAAAGAAGGGUACUCAACAAACCGAAGAAUCGCAGGAAUCGUGGGCAUCAUCGCAGCCGGGAAGUCAGCUAUUACAGGAUACAAGUUCCGCGGCGACGGGAGCGGAGAGCUCGGGACCCGUUGAACUUUCUGCAGCACGACUUGCGAUUUUCAGAGCGACGCUUGGAGGGUUGAUCAACACGGACUUGUUCGUUGAAGAGGCGGCAUUAGUUGGAUUAUUGAUUGCAAGGGUUAAUGCGAACCUGCCUCGUGGUAACGCCGCGUUUAACCAGGAGGAGGCUAUGGCUGCUUUGAGGAGAAUGGAGACAGAUAAUCAAGUCAUGUUUGGUGACGAUGAUAAGGUCUACUACAUCCCAUAG